AUGGAAGACCUGAAAGGGAGCCUUUGCAAGGGCGCCGCCCAAGUCUUACUGGACCAUUUGAUAACAAUCAAAGAGCUUGACCUGCCAGAGGAAGUGGUCCAAGGUGCAAAGCAGGUUACUUUUGUUCCCAAGAAUGCUUGUACCUUUCUGCCCACGUCUCUGAGGAUGGCAGAGUCGUCUGCCGCGCUGUGGGCAGCGAUCGGGCUCUUUGCGGGCCAGAUUUCUUCGCACCGCUAUGACCUGCCACCCCAGAGCGUGACGAUAGACGUCUACUCGGCGACACUCUUCCUCAUGUCGUCGUUUCUGUUCAAAUCGCAAGGAAAGACGAUUGCGGACCCUCAUUUGGUCAACCGCUGUCUGCCGAUGGACUUGGGCAAAAUCCGAGAAACCUAUCGAGGGCCGGCGACCAAUAUCUAUCGAGCCCGAGACGCCAAGUUUUAUCACCUUCACGGCAGUCUGAACACCACGCCGAUCCUUCGUAUGCUGGGCCUCCCACAACAUCGGCCUGACCUCGAGGGAAGAGAAAACUACGAUCGUGUGCGACAGAUCUAUCGUGACGCUGUGGCCCAACAUGAUAGCACAUGGCUGGAUAUCGAGAGCAACGAGUAUUGGCGUUCCGCUGGGACCAUCUGCUACACUCCAGAGGAGUUUCAAGAGACGUCUCACGGAAAGGUCAUCUCCCAAGAGCCACUUUACACGGUGAACUUGGUCUCCCCGGAGCUUCCUCCGGUCCCCUGGGUGACUGUCGAUGAUGAUCGGAGACGUCCAUUAGCCGGUGUUCGCGUCCUAGACUUGAGCCGCGUGGUGGCGGGUCCGACCAUUUCGAGUGUGUUGGCGCUCUUGGGGGCCGAAGUGCUACGGAUAUCCAGCGACAAACUCCCAGACACCGUCCUCCUCUACGACACCCAGAUCGGCAAGCGCGACACCAGGCUCCAUCUCAAAAACCCAGAGGAGAAGGGGAAGUUGAAGAGGCUCGUGGAGGAGGCUGACGUUUUGGUCGAUGCGUAUCGGCCCGGUGCUCUCGAAAGGUUGGGUUUCGGGCGCAGGGAGCUCCAGGAAAUUGCCAAAAGGCGAAACAAAGGCAUUGUACACGUCCGGGAGAACUGUUACGGCUGGAAAGGAGAGUGGUCUCAUCGAUCUGGCUGGCAGCAGAUAGCCGAUGCAGUAUCGGGUGUCACCUGGGUGCAAGGCGAGUUUCUGGGUUUGAAAGAGCCCAUCAUCCCUCUCCUGCCAAACUCUGACUAUCAGACCGGACUGAUCGGGGCGAUGGCCAUCUGUCAAGCGCUCUGGAAACGCCACCGCGUCGGUGGGUCAUACAAUGUCGAUAUUUCUUUGACGCAGUACAACCUGUGGUUGAUGAAAUUGGGCAUUCAUGACCAGGAGACCUGUGGCAAGAUUCGCUCGUUGAACCCUCGGUUUAAAGCACGCCACGACACAGAGUUGCCCAGUUUGCUGACCCAGGUGAAGGAGGAAUCAAAGAUAAGCCUGGGUGUCGGGCCUGGAAAACUCUGGGACCCGGCGAGGUUCACGACGAGCAAAAUGCGGUGGGGAUUUCCUGACGAGGAGGCCUCACACUUGGACUGGAGGACGAUCAUCAGCUUCGAGAGCAGUCAUGGAGCCAAGGAAGUUGCGCUGGGAUAUGACCGAGGAUCUUGUGCUCCCGGCAGUGACGAACCCAUUUGGCUGACCGGCUGA